AUGUUUGAGGGUGGUGCAGAUCCAAUGGCAGCGGACGACUACAUGGAUCAAAUAGAAACCCAUUUGACUUCUAUGGAUGUGACAGAUGAUCACUUAAAAAUCAUCCUAGCCACUUACAAGUUUUCAAAGGGUGCUAAGCUUUGGUGGAAGUCAGUUACUAAUCAGCACAAGGUUGAGGAGAUGAGUUGGGACAUGUUCAAGGAACUGUUUUAUGAGAAGUAUUUUUCAGUUACCAAGAGGUGGGAGCUAUGGGAACAGUUUAAUGGCCUUAUCCAAGGUAAUAUGUCAGUGACGGAAUACGAGAACAAGUUCAUUUCUUUUUUUCGCUUUACUCCUAAGUCAGUGAGAAAUGAGGUUGAUAAGACUCGAAAGUUUGUUUCCGGUCUUGAUUACAAAAUGAGGCCGUUGAUAAUGGCACAGUACUUUAAAGUUUAUUUGGAGGCAGUGGAAAGAGUAUUGAUGCUAGAGGCGGAAGCUAAAGAUAGAAAUGCAGGAAAGGAAUAG